CAACUCUGAAUAAGAGCAAAAUCCUGUGGAGGCUGGAAAUCUGAAAUCAGGAUAGAAAUCUCUGGAGAAAUUCGGGUUUUCCAGUUCAACCAUGAGUAAUCCUUUUGUGACACUGGCUGAGGUCCUGGAGGCAAGAGGAAGUCCUAUGGAAGAUGAUGAGAUCUGGGCCUUGUUGUUGCAAGCUACCGAGGUCUUGCAGGAAAAUGUGCUAGAAGGAACUCCCUGCCAUUACAUUCUCUCGCCAUGGUCUGUGUUGCUGUCAGCGAGCGGUGGAAUGUCUUUUCGAAGCAAUGUCUCGGGUGUGGACAUUUAUACCUUUGCUGCGCCAGAACUGCUCCAGGGCAGAAGUUCCAGCUCGCAGCUUGCGAUAGAGAAGAUGCAUGUGUACUCACUGGGAAUGACCCUGUACUGGGCAGUUGAUUAUCAGCUUCCUGAAACACAGCCAGUCCAGCUCAGUGGCCAAUUGAACCAGCUCCUACUGAGCAUGUGUGAGGACCUCCCACACAAGAGAGUAUCCUUGGAGACCAUCGUAAAUACCUGUGAGACGCAUCGGCAGAACUUGGGACUGCCCCCAACAAACACGUGCUUAAGGAAACUUGUUCAGCUGGUGCUUGGGACUACGGCAGAGGUACAGCAGGAAGACAGUGUCACCAAUCAACCUGAUCGAAGCGCCGUGAUCAGGGAGAGGUUACAUCGUAAAAAAACCCCGGAACUAUCUGCUGUGAUCCGCAGAAUCAAUAACCACAAAGGAGAGAACAGUGUUGCACAGCCGACAGAAGCAGGCAUUGACUUGUGGUUGUCCCACAGGUCCCUUAGUUACCAGCCUCCCUCCCCCUCAGCCCCCAUCACCAAGAGCUUCAGUAGAGACUGUGUCCCAAGGAAUGGCAGUGUCAUGUCUUUUGCUGCGGUCCCAGAUGCAAAUGGAAACUAUAGUGUUUCCAAGCCUCUCAUGGGUGUUUCUUCCUAUAGCCAGCACCUUUCGAGGUCUAGGGAGUUCCUAACUGGCAGAUCGCAGCAGUUGGGGAACAAGGAGCCUCACAGUUCUUCGGCUGCCUGCAUCACUUCAGCACUAGAUGCCUUUAGAAGAGUGAAGGAAGGGCAAGGCAGGCUUCAGAGACCGGAAAGCUCAAUGCUGUCAGAGGGGUAG